UAGAAUUCCUGACUCUCAUAUGCUUGCUAAAUUCAACAUAUGCGACGUUAAUUCAAUCGUGACAACGUAUACACCGUCAUCGUUCAUUCAAAGAUUAAUCUAUAAAACAAAGUAAAAUUAAAUGCUCCUCUUCCUCCACCGCGGAUGGGAUGAGAGGGAUGAAAUGAAGCAGCAGAAGCAGGAUCCACGAUCGAAGUCAUAGCAGUAGGUUAUGAAAUACUGCUGCUUGCUCCUUAGUACUAAUUAACCACUACUAAGUAAUAAUGCUGUGUCCGAGACUUGGGGGGUAGAGUAGAUCCUCCCCAGAAUCAGAAUGGUGUUUGGGUGUCGGAGCCCCAGACCAUCCCUCUCCCGCAGUUGCAGGAUCCAAGAGGACGACCUCCUCCUCCGCCUCCUCCUCCUGGUGAUGAAAUUUCUCCCGCCGCCAACUCAUCCAUAACUGCCCUGCCCUGCCCUUGCUCCACCUUUACCUUUACAACCCACCGCCAAACACCAAAUGUCCAAUGACUAAUGAUGGGGCUGCCCAUCUCGUGUACGUCCGUAGAAAGCCCGAUCCACCACAUCUACCACCUGCCUCUUCUGACCCGCACCAACCACCCAUACCCGCUCUCGAUUCUGAAUCGCCACCUGGGAAAUCCGUUCAUCAUCAAUACCAGUCUUCUUCUGAAAAUAUUUCUGGCCCUAAUCAAGUCUCUCCUGGGAUUUCAUCUUCCAUGCGCACUCCUCCUGCUCCCGCCAAAUUGACUGCUAUUCCUGCCGCUACUCCAAUUACGCAUUGGGAAAAUGGUCCGUCUUGCAAAUUAAACAACUCCCUGCACAAGCUGGACCCCUCAGAUCAAAAGGAUUAUAUUGAGAUGCUUCGAUCUCUUUCCUCUGUGGAACUCAGUAAGCAUGCGGUUGAACUGGAGAAGAGGUCAAUUCAGCUUUCCCUGGAAGAAGCAAAAGAGCUUCAACGAGUUCAAGCCCUUGAUGUCUUGGAGAGAUACUCGAAGCACUCGAGAGUGCCCUCGAACCAACAAAACAUGUAAAGACAAUUUAGGUCAAGGUGUUCGACCACUGGUCAGUUGUAGACCUUGUUACUGUACUUUUAAGCUCAGCAUACCCUGUUAUGUUGUAAUUACUGUUUCUGUAAACAUUUAGACGUCUAUUGGCUCCGUCCAUUGACAUGUAGAUAUUCCUAAGUGUAUUUAACCGCAACAUAAUUUUACAAAGUGUAAUAUUCUCAUUUGUUGUUUUGUCACUCUUAAAUGUUAAGCAAAUUUAUACCUCAAAGAAAAGAAAUUGCAGGGCAAAUUUAGC